AUGUCUACAUCCGCCUCCACCUCCAAGCAGGUGCUCUACUCAGCAAUGUUGGCCAAAUUUCCAGGCAGGACCUCCAGCGUCAUUUGCUCGCGUUUCUCCUUCUCAUACAUCGUCGUCACGUCUCCAACUUAUUGCGAACAUCGUAAAACACCCCUCACGUGCUUCGCUUUCCUCCAACCAUAA